AUGACCGGCUGCACAGCCAUGAAAAGAUUAAGUUUAGGCACUGAUCAAUCCGCUCUUUUAGCCCUGAAAGCCCAUAUCACUUCAGAACGGCAAGAAUUCUUGUCAAAAAACUGGUCUUCUGCAGCUGCUGCAUCCUCUGUCUGUGACUGGAUAGGAGUCCAAUGCAGCUCUCGACGCCAAAGAGUGACUGCUUUAAAUAUUUCAAACAUGGGACUCACGGGCACAAUACCUCCGGAUUUGGGAAACCUCUCCUUUCUUGUUUCUCUUGAUCUGAGAAAUAACUCCUUCCACGGAAAUCUGCCCGAAGAGUUGUCACACCUGCGCCGCCUGAGGUUUGUCAGGUUAACCUCUAACAACUUCACUGGAGAGAUUCCAAUGUGGUUUGGUCACUUCCCAGAACUCCAGUUCUUGUUUCUGGACAGCAAUGGUUUUAGUGGUUUUAUUCCUUCUUCAAUCUCAAACUCGUCAAAAGUGGAAGCUUUAACUCUAAGAGGCAAUUUUCUGGAGGGUAAUAUUCCAGAAAAGAUGGGAAAUCUUUCAGUCCUCAAGGAUCUGUCUCUAUCUGGGAAUUAUUUAGUUGGUCAAAUACCAUUGAGUUUAUGCAAGUUUUCUCAACUUCAAUCGCUAGACUUGUCAUCCAACAGGUUAAGCGGGCACAUACCUAAAGAAAUUGGAAAUCUGGAGAAGCUUACCUAUUUAUCCCUCAUGACUAACAACUUCACAGGUGCAAUUCCCCGAGAGAUUGGCAAACUGCGGGGUUUGAAGGUUCUCAUGUUGGGGCGUAACAACUUGACAGGUACGAUUCCACAAGAGAUAGGCAAUCUGCAAAACCUGCAAGGGCUCAAUUUGGAAUGGAAUCAAAUCACGGGAAGCAUUCCAAAAGAAAUCGGGAAUUUGACGAUGCUUACUGAGCUCUACUUCGCCAACAACUCCUUGAUAGGUACAAUGCCACGAGAGAUGGGUAGCCUUUGCCAACUCGAGAAUCUUCAGUUACCUUAUAAUGGCUUGAAUGGCUCCAUUCCCCCUGGGAUCUUCAACCUCUCAGCAUUGCGGAAUAUUCACCUUGCAUCUAAUCUUCUAUCGGGAAAUCUUCCGCGGGAUCUAGGAUACAGACUGCCCAAGUUAUUAUUCAUAGAGCUUGCUGGGAAUAACCUUGGUGGAGUUAUACCAGUGUCCAUUACAAAUUGUUCCCAAUUAAUAAUCCUAGAACUUUCAAUUAACGGAUUCACUGGUUCCAUUCCUGACGCCCUCGGGGACCUUAGACUUCUGCAAUAUCUAGAUCUGUAUGGCAACAAUUUAACAAGUGAUCCUACAUCUAUGGAGCUGAGCUUCAUCACUUCAUUGACAAAAUGCAAAAACUUGGUUUAUUUAGAGCUGGGCCCAAACCCGUUAAAUGGGCUUCUUCCAGCUUCCAUUGGGAAUCUCUCUGCUACUCUACAGGAAUUGUCUAUAGGUUCCAGUGGAAUCAAAGGCACCAUACCAAGUCAAACUGGCAACUUGACCAAUUUGAUAUUGAUUGAUCUACAAUCGAAUCACUUGAUCGGAGGUAUUCCAACAGCAUUCAAAAAUCUACAGAACCUGCAAGGUUUGACCGUGGGAGAUAAUAAUCUUAACGACACCUUAGAUAAACUUUGCAAUUUGCAUAGCUUGACUUCAGUAGAUCUGACCACAAACCAGUUUUCUGGGUCUAUACCAGAAUGCUUUGGUAAUAUGACUUCUCUUCGGGAUCUUGAACUAGGAAACAACUUUUUAGCCUAUGCCAUACCUAAUAGUUUUUGGAACCUCAAAGAUCUUUUGCAGUUGAACUUAUCCUCAAACUCCCUUAAUGGUUCCUUGCCUCUUGAAGUUGGAACUCUGAAAGCUGUAACAUCUAUAGACAUAUCAGCGAAUCAAUUCUCUGGUGAUAUUCCUAGCACAACAGGUGGUUUGCAAAACCUGUUGAUUUUAAAUUUCUCCCAAAACCAAUUUCAUGGAUCUAUCCCAGAGUCAUUUGGCAAUAUGCUCAGCUUACAAGGACUUUACUUAUCGCAUAACAAUCUUUCUGGCUUCAUACCAAAGUCAUUGGAGGCACUUCGGUUUCACGUGCCAUCUUGCCCAAGAACUAAUUCAAUUCAAAGGUCAAGAACCAAAAAGGUGCUUCUAUUUGCAUUUGCUCCUCUGGGACUCGCUUCUGUGGUUGUCGCGGCCUUAGCAAUUGUCUUCAGAAGAUAUUGGAAGAAAUAUCAGGAUUCUAAAGGAACAAACAUGGUAUUGGUGCCAAUGCAAGAAAGAGUUUCGCACUAUGAACUUCUUCGAGCAACUGAUGGGUACAGUGAAAUCAAUUUGCUUGGCAUUGGGAGUUUUGGAUCUGUUUACAAGGGGAUUCUCAAUGACGGAAGGUCUAUUGCUGUAAAGGUUUUCAAUUUGGAAUUGGAAGGAGUACUCAAGAGCUUUGACGCAGAGUCUGAAGUACUGAAGAACCUUCGCCAUCGAAAUCUUUUGAAGGUCAUCAGCGGUUGUUGGAACCAGGAUUUUAGGGCCUUGGUGCUUGCAUACAUGUGCAAUGGAAGCCUUGAGAAAUGGCUGUAUUCUGACAAUUAUUUCUUAGAUACUCUACAGAGAUUGAAUAUAUUGAUAGAUGUGGCAAGUGCAGUGCAAUAUCUCCACGAAGAAUAUUCGACGCCUGUGAUUCACUGUGAUUUGAAGCCCAGUAAUGUCUUACUUGAUGAGGAUAUGGUUGCCCACGUCAGCGACUUUGGUAUUGCAAAAAUGCUGGAAAAGGAGGAAAGCUUUGCAUGGACCAAGACCUUAGCUACAAUUGGCUACAUUGCUCCAGAGUAUGGAUCUGAGGGGUUGAUAUCCGCAAAAUGUGAUGUUUAUAGCUAUGGAAUCAUGCUGAUGGAAGUUUUUUCAAGAAGAAAGCCUAAUGAUGAGAUGUUUGCUGGAAAUUUGAACUUGAAGAGUUGGAUAAAUAAUUCUCUGCCUAAUUCGAUUCUUCGAGUUAUUGAUGCCAAGUUGUUGCAGCGUGAGGAUGAAAAUUUCACUGAGAAGCUGGAAGUUUUAUCGUCAAUCUUGGAAUUGGCCUUAAAAUGUGUCUGUGAAUCUCCAAGGGAGAGAGUUAGUAUGAAAGUUACGCUGGAGACACUGAAGAAGAUCAAACUCAAAUUCUUGCGGGUCAUGGAGGUCGAUUCGUAG